ACGAGGGAGGGAGGGAGAUGGAAACAGACAGAGAAAGAGACAGACAGAUAGAUCGAGACGGAGAGCCCAUCUUUGACACCGAGGCUCCUCAGAACCGCCUCCCUCCCCACAACAAAUGUGGUGGAUGGGUCGACCCAUUCCGAAUCGGCCUCAAAAGCACUCCUAGCGACAGAAGAUCACACUCGUCCAUAAAUCAGCGGCCGUACCUUUGAAACCAUUAAAUCACAAAACAUUAAAAAAUAAAAAAAGGAACCAACGGCUUAGUCGGAGAAGGUUUGUUUACAAGAAUUUCGCGCCAAAUAAGAGGAAGUUCACGGAGCAGCUGAGGCGAGACCCAGAAGUUUUUUUUCGUAUUAUUUAUGUUAUGGAAGAGGCGGGGAAGUGUGUAAUGCAUCUAAGAACAUUGUAAACAGUCGCAGAGGACAAGUAUUAAGCUUAUAUAAAGAUUGAAUACUGCCUGGACAGCAAAGAUGGAACCAGAGGGAGAAGGUCCUCUUGCCAUUGUUCUUGCAUCAGGUGACCAGCAAGAUACUGGAAAGACUGACUCUGCAGAUGCCUCCGAGGAUGAAGGGAUUUUCGUGCCUGCGAAGCCUGACACAACUGCGGAUAACCAAGAAGAGGAGGAAACAGAAUCCAAAAGAAAUGAUGGUGUUGAAGUUGAUGAUAAGGCUUUAGAAGACGAAGAAUCAGAAACGAAGUCGAUGACAAUUGUCUCAGAUGAUGACAGUGAUGUAGAUGCAAAGAAUAUAAUAACUUCCAGUAGGAGAAGAAAGGCCAUUCUCUCGGAUGAUGAAGAUUCUAAUCCACUCCCUUCACAUCCUGUUAAUAAAGGUUUCCUUAGCAGUGAUGAGGAGCAGGAAGAAGAGAAAGAUUUAGACAAGAAAUCCAAGAGCUCAAAAACAAAGAGGAUAGUGCAAAGGAUUGGCUCUGAUAGUGAUGACAGUGAAUCCGAGAUUUUCCCGAGGAAUGCAUCCGAUCAGCCACCAGUAGCAAUUAAGCCAUACAAAUACAACAGUGAUCUGUUUGAUGCUGAGCUGACAGAUGAAGAUGAGCCGAGAGCUAAGGUUGGGGAAAGCUUUUCUCCUACACGGCCGCAGUAUUCAGAUGAUGAGAAUGAGAGAAGUGCAGCCACUAGCAAGAAAAAGAAGAAAAAAGGUCCAUCUUUGAAAGAGAGGCAACAGGAUGUUAUGGACAUCCAUAGUGAAACCCAACGAAUGGUGCGGGAUUCCCAGAUAUCUCUGCCCUAUCACCGGCCCAAGCAGAGGACUCUGGCAGAAUUUCUGGAAAGACGUAAGAAAGUUGCACCUGUUCUGAGUCUCAAACGUGGCAGCCUGAAGAUGAGUAUGCGAGAUAUGGCAACAUUAAAGAUGCUAGAAGAAAAGAAAAAGGAAGUUGAAGACUUUUACAAAUCAGACUCGGAUCAGGAGGACCCAGAAGACAGAGACUGGACUCCAGGAAACAAUCCAGAUGGAGAUCAGGCAGACCAGGAUAAAGAAAUGGAUAAGGAAAUGGAAACUCAGCUUCCUUCCCAGGCUGAUGAUAAUGAAGACCUUCCAGACUUAUCUCAGAAUAUUGGUGCUCCAGAAGAAGGCAAGACUGAUAAUGUUGAAGAGCAACAGUCAUCAAUGCAUGUGGAUAAGGAAACUCACCCUGAUGUGGGAGGCAUAGUAGGUGAGUCCACAAAGAAGAAUGUGGAUGACUCAGGCAUUCAGAGUGGGACGUCGUCUUCUGCUGAGGACUCUCAGCCUGAUCAAGAUGUGGUGAUGGAAGACAUCACAGCUGGUGCAAAGGAAGACGUAGUCACUUCUGUUGUUAAAGAAUCAGGAGAUACUCAAGAUGAUUUUGAAAUAGAGGAAUAUCUUCCUAAAGCUACAACUGAAGAAAAAGACAGUCCUCAAAUAAUUUCAUCAGACCCAAAAAGCCCCCAAAACUCUGAUGCAAAGAGUGGAAAGAAGAUUGAAACUCCCAAAUUGAAUCUUCUUGCAGCAAAGUUGCCAGACUUGGACCUAAACAAGAUCACAAAGACAACGCCAAAGCUUAGCCUUGGAAAAGACUGCGACUUCAUUGAUCUGGAUGAAGAACCAACUGUAACACCAAAGAACCCAGGAUUGAACGAGCUGAUGAAUCGCUUUGUUCGACACUCAAAUACAAAGAGAAAACCGUCUGAUAAGCAGCAAGUGAAUUUAAGUGUUGUAUCAAAGGAGAAGGGUGAAGACGGCUCAGAAAAGCUUGUAGCAUCCAACAUUAUUGUGAAUCUUGAUGCUGAAGAUGAUGAUAUGCCAAUUGAAACGGUCCCUGGCGCACGUCACACGUCCCUUAAAACUGCCCUUCAAGCAAAAAUUAGGGAACAGCGAGAACGAGAGAGAGUGCGGAGGGUUAAGGAGCGCCAGUUCAUUGAAUCGGAGCAAGUCAUAGAAGAUUACCAAGACAAUGGAGCUUUCCUGGACGAGGAAAAGGAGUUCACUGACGAGAGCGAAACAGACUGCGAGUCGGAACCUGAAGAAAAUGACAUCAUCAUCAAGGAUAAGAAGCGCAAAAAGAACAAAUAUCUAGAUGAAGAAGCUGAAGAUGAAGAUGAAGAGAUGCAAGAGGAUGAUGAGGAUAGUGCAGAUGAAGAGGGUGAUGAUGAUGACGACGACGAUGAUGGAGGAAAUCAAGAAGCAGAGGACGGCGAUAGUAAUGAUACCGUGGAGUUGCCCAGCACUCGCAAGAGGAUAAUCAUGGAGGAUAAGGAUGAGGAUAAUGAGGAUGGAGAUCACUUGAAGUUGCAGUGGGAAGAGUCGCAAGAUGUUAAUGCUCAGGUCAAGUCCAAAUCGCUCAUUGAAGGCUUGACACGUACAAACACUGAGGAUCUCUUUGCCUCGCAGUCUAAAAAAAUGGAUUCAGUGGACAAAGAUGCAAGUAUUACAUCCAUGGAUUCAAGUUUUGAAUUCUUUGGAUCUGUCAUUCCUGGUCAUCAGCCAGGUGGUGGGCUCCGGCGCAGUGGAGAGGGCAUAGCCAAUGAAAACGAUGGUGAAACUGCCUUCCUAACUCCAUUAACAAAAACUAAAUCUGGCAGUUUCAAUAGUGUAGGGCGAGAUCGUGACUUAAGCCUUCCCAUAGAAAACUCUCAGGACCUCUUUAUAUCAUCAGCCCCACAUAGUGCUCCUGGCUCACCCUCCACAGAAGGUCCAAGUCUUCACCUUACCCCAAUGGAAGACUCCCAGUUUGGCCCUCAUGAAACGCGCAAGGAACCUAACCCUAUGGCCAAGUUGAAGUUGGACUUCACAGGCAUAGAGGGUUCUCAGGAUGGAGAUGAACUGAUCGGGCUUUGUUCAGGACAGUUUACUGGAAAGGAAACAUCAUCAAAGGUAGACCAGUUGUGUGAAGAAGAGUUUGCCCCAACACAGGACAUAAACAGCCUCAUGGGCCUGUGUUCGGGUACCUUUGAUAUGCAAGAUAAAGACAGACCCACUGCCUUUGCUUCACUCACUGAAUCUCAGGAUAAGAAGAAUGAGGAUGAGGAGGAUGAGCUUCUUGGCUUGUGCACCGGAAAGUUCAGCCAUGGAAAAUGCAAAGAAGUCUAUAGGUGAUGGAAAGGAAUCAAUAGAAGAUGAAGAAUCAAAAUUGCAAUUUGACGAUGACAGGACAUCCUCACCCAUACCUGAAAUGGUGGUAUACUCAUCAGAUGAUGAAGAACCAGAG